CCAAAGUCUUCACCAAAGCUUAAUCAUAUCUACCUUCUCCUCGCAUAAAAAUCCAUGUCUUCUUCUCCUUCUUGUCUCAACUGAGAUACAAUUGAUAGGAUUCGAUCCGCCAUGGGCAACGGGCUCUCCCCCUGCUUCAGCUCAACCUCCAAUAGCCUGGUGAAGCUUGUCUUCUGGGGUGGCACCACCAAGUUCCUCGCCGGAAACCAGGUCGCCGGCGAGCUCAUGUUCCGGUUCCCCGACAGCGUCGUCUGCCAUGCAGACUCCUUCUACAUCGGGCAGCCGGUUCCGGUCUUGUCCAUCGGCGAUGAGCUGAUCGCCGGCGAGACCUACUUCGUCAUGCCGGUCGACCGAUUCCCAUGCAACCAGACCCUCACGGCUGUAACCCUAGCCUCGCUCUCUCCGGGACCCAACAAGCCAUCACUUGCCAGCGUUGGGCAGUGCCCAUUUGAGUACGUGAAGGGCAGUGAUGGGAGGACGCUCAUCAAGGUUCAGCCGGAGUUUAUAACGAAGGUCAUCACCGCCAACGUCGAAGGGAGGCAGAAGUGUGGCAGCGACGGUGAAACUUUGUGCAGUACGCCGGAGCUAAAGAAGCACUACGCCCAGCUCGUAGGGUCGAGAGACCGGCCAUGGUCUCCAAAGCUCGAGACGAUUUCCGAGAGCAAAAGUAGGUCAUCCCCAGGGAGGCUGUCACCAGUGAGAUUGUUGGGGGGUUGGAAAAGAGAUCAAGGUAGAAUUGCUUCAUCUCUUUGAGAAAAGAUUACUUGUAAACUUUCUUUUUAAAGGAAAAAAAGAGACGCAGCUAGCUCUGCUGAAUAUAUAAGUAGAUUGGCGUUGUAGAGGAUAUUAA